UCUGAAUAGCAGAAGACAUCAUCUCGCGGGAACCAAUCACGAGCGUAGCCCGUUCUUCUUUGGUUUCUGGUAUUCCUUCUGACGUGCACACUUAUUUGGCUGGUAGAGGUUCAUUUUUUUAUUGUAAAGUUUAUUGAGAGAAUGGCAGCUCAGUGGAUACGAAACUCAAUUCCGAAAAUCGGAGUUGGUCGCUUUUAUAGCAGUAAAGUUCAGAAAUGUACCCUUAUCCCUGGAGACGGUAUCGGACCCGAAAUUUCUGCUGCUGUUCAAAAGAUCUUUGACACUGCCAAGGUGCCGAUAGAGUGGGAAUCUGUUGAUGUAACACCGGUAAAAGGUCCAGAUGGGAAAUUUGGUAUUCCACAAGCUGCCAUUGACUCGGUCAACAGGAAUAAAAUUGGUUUGAAAGGACCAUUGAUGACUCCUAUUGGAAAAGGACACAGAUCGUUGAAUCUUGCAUUGAGAAAAGAAUUCAACUUGUACGCCAAUGUGCGACCAUGUCGUUCCUUAGAAGGUUACAAAACAUUGUACGACAAUGUUGAUGUUGUCACCAUUCGAGAAAACACAGAGGGAGAAUACUCUGGUAUAGAACACGAGAUUGUAGAAGGAGUUGUACAGUCUAUAAAAUUGAUUACAGAAGAAGCUUCUAGUAGAGUAGCAGAAUUUGCUUUCCAAUAUGCACAGGAUAAUAAUAGGAAAAAGGUAACCGCUGUACACAAAGCAAAUAUAAUGAGGAUGUCGGACGGUUUGUUCUUGAGAUGCUGUCGAGAUGCUGCACAGAAAUUUCCUAACAUUAAAUUUGAAGAAAGAUAUCUGGAUACAGUGUGUUUAAACAUGGUUCAAGAUCCGAGUCAAUACGAUGUACUCGUAAUGCCUAACUUAUACGGAGACAUUCUGUCCGAUAUGUGCGCUGGACUUGUAGGAGGGCUUGGUCUCACGCCAAGUGGAAAUAUUGGCUUGAACGGUGCCUUGUUCGAAUCUGUACACGGAACUGCUCCAGAUAUUGCAGGUCAAGAUAAGGCAAAUCCCACGGCAUUAUUGCUGUCUGCCGUAAUGAUGCUUAAACAUAUGGGAUUGAAUAAACAAGCAGUUAUCAUCGAAAACGCUGCCUACGAAACAAUUAAAGAAGGCAAAUGUUUAACGGGUGAUCUUGGAGGAUCGGCAAAAUGUAGCGAAUAUACUAAUGAAAUUUGCAAGAAAGUUGCAGCAUUAACGAAAUAGAUAAUAUGAAGUUGUUUGGAAAUAAACUGCCAAAUACUCGUAGCAAUAAUACGCGUGAGAUCAGAUGCUGUUUUCAAACGUCUCUGUAAUUAUUGGUUUUAAAAAUGCAUUCAGUGUACAUGUACCGAAUGGAUCUGCAAUUUCAUUAAACGAACUGCAGAAGUUUCCGUUGUAGAAAUAUGUCGUCGGUUCACACACAUUUAGAUAAUUUUUGCCGAGUACUUGUAUUAGUUUAUCGUGAAGUAUUAUGUUACUCAACUUCGUGAAUCGUGAAUUUACUAAUUGUGUAAUAGCAUGUAUUGUUAUUUCAUUGUGAUUAAAUGCACGCAGUUCGAUCGCGUGUGUUGACUGAAUGUACUUCCAUGUAUGUUUGUCACACCAUAUUCGUUGUUAUCGAAGAUUCCAAUAGAAGAAUCUAUCCAAGAAAUAGGCGUGUAUAUUGAUCUAGGAACACUGUAUAAUACUUUUAAAUGAAAUUGUUAUGAAAGUAACGCGGCCUCGAGGAGGAGUUUCAAGAAAUCAACAACAUUGCGCAGUAUUACAAAUAAAUAAAAUAUUAUAAA